UGAUAACUCCACAUCUCCUUCGGUGUUCAGACUGUCGCGGAACCUCCUCAUCAUGCGGCUCAGCAUCCCCCGGGGGCCCAGACACUGAGGCUUUUCCAGCUGCGGGGCUUCUGGGGGUCUCGACUGUUGCUGGGUCUAGGAGGGGUCCCACCUGGAGCUCCUGGUCCCAGCCCUGAACCAAGCAUACCUGUAGAGGUGGCGGUCCCUCGGAAAUGCAGGACUGUGCUCCAGAUUGGCAGCCUGAGCGGGCGCCUGUGGAGGGCUUCAAGAGGGGGCUUAGGUCCCAAGGAUCUGGAUUCUUGGGUUCCUCCCAGAGCAGAUGAGGCCACUCACGUAGGCUCCAAGCACAGAAAUAAUAAAGCAACAGCAGGAAGACGGCGAGAGGAAUUGCAUGGCGGAACCAGCGCCGCGGGACCCGUGGAGGCAGCGCGACACCCAUGGCUGCUGCUGGGAUCACCGACCCCUCAACAGUCUCUAGCCAGUCCUUGUCCCUCCGCCUCCAGGAGGGGAGAGAAGCCCGCAGUGCCCUGAGGUGCAAGGGUUAAUAAUUAACCUAAAUCCCCUUCCCCUGUGCCCUUUGCCCCCAAGGGCAGCAUCCUAGGUAUGAGAAACCGGAUCAAGAGGAUUUGGGAGGUUCCAUAGCAAUGAUACAUCUCUGCAUUACCAUCCUUGUAAGGCCAAGUUGUAGUAAAAGGCAGCCUGGGUAUUGGGAAGAGAGGCUGGUGUCAGAACCAGCUACCCCACUGAGCAACAGUGUGGGCCGUAAGUUUACUCUGAGCUUGAGUUCCCUCUACUGUAAAUUGAGAAUAGGUACUUUGCAAGGAUUAAAUGAUAAUGUAUUUGCAAACACUGUAAAUAGAAAAGCUUACCACAAUUGCUCCAUAAAUCUUAACCUAUUAAGUUCAAACGUGGAGUACCGGGGACCCUGGAACACCCACUUCUAAAUUCUCUAGACUAUCUCCAGGGAACCUUGUCUUGGUCUGGAUGCAUGGCCUCCUGGUUAUAUACUUUAGAUUUUAUCCUUUUACAUUUUUGUGGUUUAAUUUUUUAAACUCCAAGUUGAUUCCUCAAUUAUUCAUCAAACCAACCUUUAUUAACUAUUUCCACAUGCCAGGCUCUGUGUUAGGUCUCAAGAAGACAAAAGUGUCUUCAUAGAGCUCAAGGUCCAUUGGAUAAUUUGUCAUCUUUUGCCCCCACUGGAAUGUUAGCUCUGAUGAAGACAGGGUCCUUGUUUUCCUUAGUUACUGUUCUAUUUACAGCACUUAGAAUAGUGCUGGGCCAAAAUACAUUAUUGCUAAAUAAGUACAUAUUGAAUAAACAAAGGAAUGUGUAUGAGGGACAGGCAAAUCAGAGGUGGUGCUCCCAUGACAAAUUUGAGCCAGGUUUUGCAAAUUAGGAGUCCACCUAGUGGUCAUGGGGGGAGAGCAUUCAGGGAAAGGAUAUAGGAUGCAAUGAAAGAAACAGCAUCUCCUGUUCUUAGUCCCAUGUCCAUAAACAAUAGAAUUUUCCUAUCUCUGUGUAUAUUUUCUUUGGUGGUGAGGAGGAGUAUACCAUAUUCUCAAGGAGUCAGGGCUCCAAUCACUAAGAAGACCUUUCCUAGCUCCCACAGUUCAUGAAUUCUAGCCUUAUCUCUCACUCUGAUCCCCUCCCACAUCAUGGAGGUCACUCCUGAGUUUACAUCUGACCAAUCCUGUCCAGUGGGAUUCUGGAGCCAUCACUUCCAUCUCUAGCCUUGGACUCCCCAUUUCCCAAUGUUGCAAUAUUUCUUGGCUUGCUGACUGUGACCUUAACUGCUUGCCAUUUCUAAACCCCAGUUACCUCAUCUUCAGAAUUGGAAGGGUAAUUCCCAGCUCUAAAGCUGUGAGGAUUAAUUAAAACACGCCUGCAAAAAACCGCUAACCACAAUUCUUGGCCUACAGUAAACGUUCAGUAGGUGGUGGUGAUUUCAAUUUGUCUGAUCCCGCAGCCCCUCCUCCUUUGACACUAGGAGCCUCUGUCUUCUAGACUAGAAAAUCUGGUCCGCAGGGUUCUGGGAGAGGAUUAGUUUUUGGUGUCACUUAAUCCAGCUGGUCCUUCCGCAAUCGGAGCCCUCCUAGGGGCAGUUAUAUAAAUCUUAUUAAGUAAGAAUCCCGGGCUCACAAAGGCUGCAGGAUGGAGCAGGGAGUGGGCGCCAACCUGCUGCUGCUGUGGGCGAUGUGCUUAGGACAUGCACAAGCAGAUGGGUCGAGCGGCUACACGUUAGUCAUCGAGGUGACCAACGGGGGUCCCUGGGGUGACUGGGCCUGGCCCGAGAUGUGUCCUGACGGAUUCUUCGCCAGCGGGUUCUCGCUCAAGGUGAGGGCUCAGACCUAGGUUUCCUGGGAUGACACGGCAAUGAACGGGGUCCGGCUGCACUGCACGCGAGGGAAUGCGGAGCACGUAGUGGAGUCCCAGUCUGGAAGGUGGGGAGCGUGGAGCGAGCCGUUGUGGUGUCCCUUUGGCAGCUUCCUCGUGGCUUUCUCGCUUCGCGUGGAGGCGCCUGUUAUCCCUGGGGACAACACAGCUGCGAACAACGUGCGCUUCCGCUGUUCGGACAGCACAGAGCUGGAGGGGCCUGGCCUGGCCUGGGGAGACUUUGGAAACUGGAGUGAACCAUGUCCUAAAGGCAUCUGCGGCUUGCAGAUUAAGAUUGAGCAGCCUAGAGGCCUCCGUGAUGACACCGCGGUUAAUGACCUGCGUUUUUUCUGCUGCCGAAGUUGACACCUUCACUGCCCUCUCCCUGGCUCCACCUCUGGUUUGUCCCACAUCCAGCUAAUAAAGCUUCUCUUGUCUUG